AUUAAUUAAUUAAGCUUAAUUUCGAGCUUAGUUUCACUAGGUUUUUACUCUACUCAUGGCUUCCUUAACCCACUUUUGUCUUAUAAUCUCCAUUAUACCAUCCCUUCUAGCUUCCUCUGCCAAUGCGCAACUUUCUACGACCUUCUAUGCAACCAGCUGCCCUAAUCUUCAAACCAUUGUUCGCAACGCAAUGAGGCAAGCUAGUGCUAGAGAUUCUCGGCUUCCUGCCCCUAUUCUUCGCUUAUUCUUCCAUGACUGCUUUGUACAAGGUUGCGAUGCAUCGUUGCUACUAGACGACACAAGCAGUUUUACAGGCGAAAAGACAGCAAUACCAAACCAGUCAACCAGGGGUUACGAAGCGAUCGACGCCAUUAAAACUCAGGUGGAAGCCGCCUGCAGCGCCACCGUUUCAUGUGCUGAUAUCCUGGCUCUUGCAACUCGAGAUGGAGUCGUUUUGCAAGGAGGACCUACAUGGAUAGUGCCACUCGGCCGAAGAGAUUCAAGAACAGCCAACCUCAACGCUGCCAACUCUCAAAUCCCAUCACCAUUCGCCGGUCUCUCGACUCUCAUUUCCCAGUUCGCUGCCAAAGGUCUAAGCGCCCGUGACAUGACCGCGCUCUCCGGCGCUCACACGCUCGGCUUUUCAAGGUGUCUCGCAUUCCGUACUCGCAUAUACAACGAAACCAACAUCGACCCAGCUUUUGCCAGAACUAGAAGAGCUAACUGCCCGGCCUCUGGUGGCGAUAACAAUCUGGCUCCUCUUGACGGGACCCCGGCCGGGUUCGAUCUUAACUAUUACCAGAGCCUAGUGAACCGACGUGGACUGCUUCACUCCGACCAGGAACUCUUCAAUGGCGGAUCUCAGGAUGCACUUGUGAGGACUUACAGUACUAAUCGUGCUACUUUUUUUAGUGACUUUGCUGCUGCUAUGGUGAAAAUGGGGAAUAUUAGUCCACUCACGGGGACUAAUGGGGAGAUCAGAAGGAACUGCAGGGUGUUGAACUGAUUUAGUUUCUGGAAUAUUGAUGGAGCUAUAUUAAAUAUAAGGUGUAAUGAUUGAAUAAUUUGUCUGUAUUGAAAAAGAGAUAUGUCGUCAAGAAUCGAGAGAGACUCUUGGGUUUCAUCUGGCUAUCAAUUUAA